AAAAGCGUGUUUUCCCCAAAAGACGAACGUCCUUUGAUUUCUGGUCUCCCUCCCUCCCAUUUCUCUCUCGCACAUAACCCUAGAACCAUUGCUUCAUUCUUUGAAUCCAUCAAUUUUGUAAAAUUAGGGCUCGAUACAGUUCGAUUUUUUUUUUGAAUGAAGAAAGAGAGGCAGACGAACGAACGCCGUCUGUAAUUUUUUCUGCCGAGGAGGAGGUGGUGCGAGGGAUACGGCAAUCAGAAAUGCCGCUGUUUAUAUCGGAGGAAGAAUUCCGGCGGUGCUCGGACGACGCCGGGGUGGUGGCGGAGAAGGCGGACGCAUUUAUCCGGGAGCUGUACAGUCAAAUAGAAACGGUCAAGGCGGAGGCUGACGCCGGUUUCAUCACCCUCGAGCAAUCAUGCUCCAUCAUCGAGCAGAAGUACGUCUCGCUUUCUGGGGAGUACUCUUUGCUCCAGUCGCAGCAGUCGGAACUCAGCUCUUCGCUCGAGAAACGCACUUCUGAACUCCGGCAAGUCGAAUCCGAGAAGCAGCAGCUCCUGGUCCAAUCUACUGAGAAAGAUGGGGCAAUUGAGAGGCUGGCAACGGAAGCAUCAGAACUACACAAAUCAAAGAGGCAGUUAAUGUUAAUGUUGGAGCAGAAGGACUCGGAAGUCAGCGAGAAAAAUGCUACCAUUCAAAAUUAUCUAGAUAAGAUUCUCAAAUUGACUGAAAAUGCUGCACUGAAAGACGGACGUCUGGGUGAGCUGGAGUCUGAACUGGGACGGUUGCAUGCUACAUCUUCACGUUUUUCGCAGGAAAAGGAGCUUCUCGAGAGGCAUAACGCAUGGCUUAAUGAGGAAUUGAAAACUAAAGUUGAUAAUGUUCUUCAGUUGCGCAAAGAAAAUGGAGAACUUGAAGCUGAUAUGUCCUUUAAGCUUGCAGAUGUUGAAAGGAAAUUGAAGGAUAGCUCUAGUUCUUUGAAAUAUCACAAGGAUAGAGUGAAGGAGUUGGAGGAGAAACUGUCAUCCAUGGAAAGAGAAUUACUGUCGACUAAAGAAGCAACUGCAACUGCGGAAGAGCAUUUUACUGCUGAGAUUUCAACAGUUACCAAGCUUGUGGACUUGUACAAGGAAAGUUCAGAAGAAUGGUCCAAGAAAGCUGGAGAUCUUGAGGGGGUCAUCAAGGCAUUAGAAACUCACUUGGAUCAAGUUGUAAGUGAAUAUAAAGAUAGGCUUGAGAAGGAAGUUUCUGCAACAAAGGAGCUGGAAAAGCAGGAGUCCGCUGAUUUGAAAGAGAAGCUUCAAACUUGCGAAGCAGAACUGGAAAAUUUGAGGAAGGGAAACGAGCUAAUACCUCUUCCUAUGAGUAGUUUUACAACUGACUCUUUUAGAUUGGCAAAUUCUGUUGAUGCUGAUCAAAUGGUCGAGGAUGAUCGAGCAAUUGUACCUAGGAUUCCAGGCGGUGUUUCAGCAACGGCUUUAGCUGUUUCACUUAUUAGGGAUGGAUGGACUCUGAACAAAAUGUAUGUGAAAUACCAAGAAGCUGUCGACGCACUACGCCAUGAGCAAAUGGGAAGAAAGCAAGCCCAAUCUAUCUUGGAACGAGUGCUUUACGAGGUAGAAGAAAAGGCUGGGCUCAUCAUGGAUGAACGAGACGAACAUGAGAGACUUGUCAAGGCUUACGAAGCUUUAGAUAGAAAACUGCAGCAUUCACUGUCUGCUCAUGCUGCUUUGGAGAUGACCAUUCUAGAGUUGAAGGCUAGCUUAAAGAGGCAGGAGCGGGACCAUGCUGCAGCUCAGAAGGAGAAUAUUGACCUCCGGAAGCAGGUAGCUGUUCUUCUAAAGGAGUGUCGUGAUGUGCAGUUGCGUUGUGGAUCAGUUUCUAGUUAUAAUGACGAUGAGCAUAUUGUUGGUCCUUCAAUAUCAGGGAAUUCUAUAUCCGACAUUGAGGAUAUCAUAACGGAACGACUGUUGACAUUCAAGGAUAUAAAUGGAUUAGUUGAACAGAAUGUUCAGCUGCGGAGUCUUGUUCGAAUCCUUUCUAACCAGAUUGAGGAAAAAGAAGCAGAGUUGAAGGACAAGCAUGAUAAGGAGCUUCAGAUGCGUACUGAGGAGACUGCAUCUAAAGUUAAUGCAGUGUUGCUAAGAGCAGAGGAACAGUCCCACAUGAUUGAAUCACUUCAUUCUUCUGUGGCAUUGUACAAGAAACUAUACGAGGAAGAACAGAAACACCAUUCUCAUCGUACUCAUCUGCAAGAAGCUGUUCCAGAACAAGGAAGCAGAGAGAUCGUGGUUUUAAAUGAAAGUAGUCAUAGUACAUCAAGAAAGGUGCAAGAACAAUCUUCGGAGCGACUAAAAAAUCUUGAAGAAGAUUUAGCAAAAUCCAGGAAUGAGAUAAUAUCACUGCGAAGUGCGCGUGAAAACGCAGCAUUGGAAGCAAAGUUGGCACAAGAAAAACUUGACAGAUUUAUGAAGGACUUUGAGCACCAGAGAGAAGAGCAUAAUGGAGUCUUAGCGAGAAACCUUGAGUUCUCAACGUUGAUAGUUAACUAUCAGAAACAGCUACGUGAAAGUGCCGAGUCUUUAAAUGCGUCCAGUGAAUAUUCUCGGAAACUUUCUUUGGAGGUAGAUAAUUUGAAGCACGAAAAGGAAAUGUUGAAGAACUCGGAGAAGAGAGCUUCUGAUGAAGUUCGCAGUUUAUCAGAGAGGGUUUAUCGGUUACAGGCCAGUUUGGACACCAUACAGAGCACUGAGGAAGUGCGGGAGGGGACUAGAGGUCUUGAUAGGAGAAAGCAAGAGGAGUACAUCAACAACAUGGAGAGAGAAUGGGCUGAGGCAAGAAGGCAGCUCGAGGAAGCGCGAGUUAAUGCUCAACAUCUUUCUAUUGAGCGUGAAACUGCCUCAAAUAAUGCUUUAAAAAAAAUUGAGGAACUGAAUAAAAAAUGUGCUGACGCAUUGCAAUCUGUAGCAGCUGCUGAGAAUAGGGCUGUAGCUGCGGAGGCUCGCUUAUCUGUUCUGGAGAAGAUUAUGGAAUCUGCAGGAACUAAGGAUCCUCAUAGUUCUGAAGGUGGCCAAUCCUCUUCUUCUAGUGAAAAGAUAUUGGCUACUUACCGUGACGAAAUUGAAAAUUUGAGGGCGGAAGCCCAAGCUAACAAAGAACACAUGCUUCAGUACAAGAGCAUAGCUCAAGUGAACGAGGAAGCACUCCAUCAAAUGGAAUCAGCCCUUGAGAACUUUAGAAAUGAGGCUGAUGAAGUUAAGAGAUCACUAGAAACUGAGCUUAAUUCACUUAGAGACCGUGUUAAAGAACUUGAAGAUGAAUGUAAAGUGAAGACUGAGGAAGCACUUUCUGUUAAUGCUGGAAAAGAGGAGGCUCUUGCCGGUGCUUUAUCUGAAAUUGCCAGACUGAAGGAUGAUUACUCUGUUAAAAUGUCACAGAUCGUGUUGAUGGAAUCACAAAUCUCUGCCUUGAAAGAAGAUUUGGAGAGAGAACAUCAAAGAUGGCGGGCUGCUCAAGACAAUUACGAAAGACAGGUUAUCCUACAGUCAGAAACAAUUCAGGAGCUGACAAAAACGUCACAUGCCUUGGCUUCAGAACAAAAGGAGACAUCUGAACUCCGUAAAGCGGUGGAUCUGCUUACAACCGAAAAUAGAGACCUCAAAUCGAAAUGGGAGACGGAAAUAUUAGCUAUAGAUGUAUACAAGAGUGAAGCAGACAAGAAAUACAGUGAAGUUGAUGAACUGAAUAAAAUUUUGCACAGUCGGCUUGAGGCCUUACAUAUUAAAUCAGCAGAGAGGGAAAGAGGAUUGGCUUCUGGAACCAGUUCCCAUGAUUUUGCUGCUGAUGAUGGGUUGCAGAAUGUUGUGAAUUAUCUCCGGCGAUCAAAGGACAUAGCUGAAACUGAGAUCUCUUUGCUUAAACAAGAAAAGCUUCGUUUGCAAUCUCAGUUGGAGAGCGCAAUGAAAUCGGCUGAAUCUGCACAAAGUUCACUUCACAAAGAACGAGCAAAUUCUCAAGCAUCAAUUUACUCCGAAGAAGAGUUCAAAUCUCUUCAACUGCAGAUUAGAGAAUUGAACUUACUUCGCGAAAGUAACGUGCAACUCAGAGAGGAGAAUAAGCAUAAUUUCGAAGAAUGCCAGAAACUUCGUGAAGCAGUCCAGAGUCUUAGGAGUGAAACCGAGAACUUGGAGAAGCUUCUUAGAGACAGAGACUCUGAGUUGGAAUCUUCCAGAAAGGAGAUCGAAAGUCUAAAGAUUGAAAAAUCGCAUCUUGACAAGAGGAUACACGAGUUGUUGGAGAAGUGCCAAGGUGUUGUUGAUAUUAACGAUCAUAAUCGCCUGAAAGAAUCUCUUCAGCAACUCCAGACCAGUUCGAGAGAAAAUGAUGCACAGUUGGAGGAAUAUAAAAAGCUCUUAUCAGAAAAGCAGGACAAUGUAUUACAAUUAGAGCGUGACUUGACGAGAAUCAGAGCAGAGUUGAAUGAGAGAGACACCAGAAUUAAUGAGCUAUCGCAGGCUGAGGCUUCUUUGAAAUCCGACACUGAAAAAACUAGGCGAUUGAAUGCUCAGCUGAAGAGAAAGUUGGACAGCUUGUCAAGGGACAAGGAGGAGCAGAGCAAAGAGGUGCAGGCCUUGUCAAAACAAUUAGAGGAAGCCAAGCAGAAGAGAAACACAGUAGAUUCUGCUAGUGAACAGGCUCUCAGAGAAAAGGAAAAGGAGAAAGACACCAGAAUACAAAUCCUGGAGAGAACUUUGGAAAGGCACCGAGAGGACCUGAAGAAGGAGAAAGAGGACUUGAAGAAGGAGAAAGAGGAUCAUCAUAAAGAAAAAGAAAAAAGCCACAAGAUCCGGAAAACAAUUAUCGAGUCUCGUGAGAAUGUUCUUCUGCGGGAGGCAAAGUUUUCGGAUGAGCUAAAGAAGCAUCAACAAGCUCUGGCAGUGGUCGAAGAAGACGUAGUGAAAUUAAGGAACUCUUUAGGUGUUCAAUCCGAGGGUACAUCUGCAAUUCAGCAAUUUUCCAGUACCCUUUUGGAGGACUUUGCUUCUGCUUAUUUCCAGGCUGUAGAGAAUUUCGAUCAGGUUGUAAAACCAGUUUGUGGUGAUCUAGAUUCUUCCGUCCCCACUGAUGCAUCAUCACUUGAUAAUACAUUAUCUUCUGGAGCUGGACAAGCCUCUGGACCACCUGCUGCAAAUGCUCCUCCUUUAACAAGAACAACCGAAGCAAACGAUAGAAGACUUGCUUUAGCGAAGGCAAAUAUUAAAAUGGGAAGGAAACUGGUGCGCCCUAAUAUUGCAAAACCGAAGGAGCCUCAAGGUGGUGAUGUUGAUAUGUCUGAAGCAGACGAGUCCAACACCGUGCAAGGAGGAAAUGCAACUAUUGUACCAUCAGCAGCAACUGUUCCAUCAUCCAACACUACAGAAAGUCAAGGAGGAAAUGCAACUGUUGUACCAACAACAGCAACACUUACACGUAAGCGACCAUCGGCUUCUUCAUCAUCCGAUUUGCAAGAGGAGACGCUUGCACCCGAAGAAACAGGCUCCGAUUUGCCGCUGAAAAAAUUGAAAGCAUCGGAAGAGACCCCACCACAAGAGGGCGGUGAAGAUUUAUCCGCCGUUCCGUCAAAGAUUUCCGAAGUAGUCAACAUCGAGGAAUUAUCAUCAGACUCUAAGGAGGAGCCUGUUGACCUUGAAAAGGCCGAGUCCGAAGCUGCAGAGGAGCAAGUGGAGGAACAGCCGACAGUGGAUGAACAGAUUCAGGUUGAGCCAAUGGUAGAAGCAGGCGAAGUUGUUGUAGAUGAAAAAUCGGAGAAGCCAAUUGAAGCUGUUGUGCUGUUAUCUGACGAUCAAUUGAGGGACCAAACAGAACAGGACAUCCAGCGAAUAGUUUCGGAAUCUGGCGGCGAUAGAGAAGAGGGAGAAGUGGUCGGAGAUUUUGCUGAUAAUGAUGAUGACAGCAAUGUGUCAACUGAGACGGGGGAAUUUCAGGCUGAGCAGUCGGUAGAACCCGAGAGUUCACCGAUCAGAGAACCACCCGCUUCGGCAAGUUUGGAGGCUGGGGAAAUCGAACCUUCGCAGGCUCUAGAGGAAGAAAAGCUUGUUGAAGGUGUGGAUCAAGCUGCUGAAACUGAGAAGGCGACUGAGGAAGCAUCGACUAGCACUUCUGAACAAGGUGGAAAACCAGUAUCGCCUGUGAAUAAUAGUAUCUCAACUACUAUUAAUCUACAGGAGAGAGCAAGGCAGAGAGCUUCAUUAAGACAGGCUGGACGAGGUGGAGUUGCUGCAGCAGCACCGGCAAAUAGCAGUUCGACUUCUUCGCCUAGCAGAGGUCGGGGGAGGGCUGUUCGUGGACGCGUUGCACGAGGUGGCAGAACUGCACGUGGGCAGUCACCUGGUUAGGAAGGGUUCGGGACGAAGAAUUAGCAAAUGUCACAGCCAAGUGGGGUUAAAGAAAUGUAUUGAAAUCUUCAUCAUGUCAUUGAAGAGCUAUUACGCAUUCGAAUGUGAUUAAAAGUGAACACUCGCACUAGUUCUUUUUUGUCGGUCCUUUAAUUUUCAUAUGGGAUUAGUUGGCGUAUGAUGAAUUCUAGGUUUAGUUUACAUGCGAGAUGUGGAGUACUAUUACCCAUCUAUAUGCAUUAUUGGAUCAUAAAAUUACCAGUUUAUAAUUAUUGAUGAGAAGCAUUGAGUAUUCUAC